AUGGUUAAGAAUCAUUAACUUACACCAUAUGGAAAUAAAGCUUAAACAGAUGGUUAAGAACAUUAACUUACACCAUAUGGAAAUAAUACUUAAAAAGAUGGUUAAGAACAUUAACUUACACCAUAUGAAAAUAAUACUUAAACAGAUGGUUAAGAACAUUAACUUACACCAUAUGGAAAUAAAGCUUAAACAGAUGGUUAAGAAUAUUAACUUACACCAAAUGAAAAUAACACUUAAACAGAUGGUUAAGAACAUUAACUUACACCAUAUGGAAAUAAUACUUAAAAAGAUGGUUCAGAACAUUAACUUACACCAUAUGGAAAUAAUACUUAAAAAGAUGAUUAAGAACCUGAACAUACGCAAAUUGAAGAUUUAAUUAAAUUUUAGGAUUAAAAACAAUAGAAUUUUACCGACAUAUAGGAACCUAAUUCAUAGAUUGAAACACAAAUACUUUAAAAUUUUUCUUAAAAUUAGUCAUCUUCACAUUCUUAUUCAAAUCAAGUUGAAUUAAAUAUUAAUUACUCAAUCACUCCCAAUCAACUUGUUGGGAGAAUACAUUAAAAUCUAUAAAUGACAAAUUUUAAUUCCUUUAAACUUAUCUAUAAUGAAAAUUUUGAAAAGUUUGUUAACCAAAAUAUUCUUUAAGAUUUGUUUUAUACAAUAUAUAAUUAUGGGUCUGAUCCUCUAAUUUGUAUAGCUGCUGAAGAUUCAAAUACGAUAGUUUUAGUUGCCUGCGAUUACUCUACUCAGGUUUUUUAAGAAACAAAAAAUUUAUAUCUGGCUUAAUGCAGCCACACUAGUGAAAUAUGUUGGUAUUAUUAUAUUAACAAAGCAUUUGGUUUUUCUCCUUAUAAAAAAAUUAAUCUGAAUGGCUGUGAUUCGUUCGAUCCUGAGGAUCCAAAAAGAUUAUGCAUAUCAAUUAACACAGAACAUAAUGGAAGAAGAAUUGGAAUUUUGAAUCAAUCAGAAUAAUUAACAAAAUAUAACUUAUUGAUAUACAUUCUGAAUAUUUGA